AUGCUGCCAAAGCGUCGUAUUCAGCAGCUCGAUAUUGCGUCCCGUAAGGGCUACGACGCCAUCUUCAAUUCCAACUUUCUUGAGGACGUUCCAGAGGCCGUUGAGCAGUAUGGAUGCUCGCGCGUCCUGCUCCUGGCUAGUAAAAGCCUCGCUACCACCACGGACCGGAUCUCAGCGCUACAAUCCGCUCUGAAAUCUAAACUGGUGCAUACGAAGCUUGGAAUGGGCAGCCACACUCCCUAUGCUGACGUUCGCGAUCUCGCAACGUCCGUCCAACAACUUCAGAUUGACUGCUUGGUCAGCGUCGGGAGCUGCUCCUAUAGCGAUGCCAGCAAGAUUGCGUGCCUAUUAGCCGCAAAUCUCGAGCCUGGGUUUGGCGUGGACGAGAUGGAAGCCCUCGUCGACAGCCAACGAGGAAUCGCAGAUACCAGGGACGGCCAGCCGCUCGUGGCCCGAUCAUGCCGCCUUAUCACAGUGCCGACCAGCCUGUCUGCAUCGGAAUGGAACGCCGUGAGUUCCGCUGUCAACAGUCAAGGCAAGAAGCAGCAUUUUGGUCGGUGGGAAGAAGGUCAGCCGGACCUCAUUCUGAUGGACCCUGCGCUCGCCGGUACCAGCCCGGAGAGGUUAUGGUUGAGCAGCGGCGUACGCUGUGUGGAUCAUUGCGCCGAACUACUUUGUAACCCCUUGUCGAGUGAGGCGGGGUUUGAAGGCGUGCAGGCCCACGCUGAGAAUGGACUGCGCUGCAUGAUCAUUGGAUUGACUCAAUAUAAGACCGCGAAGAGCAAGAAACCGGCCCAGCAACCUGAUGACGAAUCACUACUCCGGGCUAUCUCUGAAUCCCAGUACGGCUCAAGAGAGGCGUUAACGGGCUUGUUGGUGUGGAGGGUUCCGAUGGGCCCAAGUCAUGCUAUAGGACACCAGCUUGGUUCAGUUGCUCAUGUCAUGCACGGGAUUACCAGCUGCAUCAUGCUUGCGCCAGUUUUGCGCUGGCAAGCGGCUCAUCUCAGCCUUCCCCACUACAAGAAUGCCCAGACCAGAAUCCUCGAAAUCUUCAAUGAGGCAUUGGGUUGGCAAGAGUCCUCUGCCGCGAAUGCCAUAGAGAAAUUUGUCAAGACCCUAGGUCUCUCCACCACUCUUCAAGAGGUCAACGUGAUAUCCGACGAGCAAGUUGAAGAAAUUGCCGAGAAGACCAUGACGGAUGUUUGGGGCGGUGGAAAGCGGCAAAUGGAGUUUGAAGACGUGAUGGAGGUGCUGAAUAUGGCGAGAGCAUAG